UACUUUCAAGUUCAAUAGUUGAGCAAAAAAAAGUGCCAGGUUAAAAAGGGUUUUUUUUCCUAACUUCUGUGGCCGUAUGGCCACGGUACAUAUCUUUAAAUCGUAGAUCACAUCUUUAGGGAUAAAAUGGGGGGUUGUAUGGGAACAUCGGGAGAUCCUAGUGUCCGUGUUAGCUCGAGUGAAUUCGGGAGUACUCCAGGAGUUACAGUCGGCCGGAAUCAACCUUUGAAGAAAGAGAGACCGUCGUGGAGUUCAGAAGUUCCUCUGACCGAAGGACAACUAAGAAGCAAAAGAGAUGAAUUUUGGGAGACAGCCCCUGCCUUUGAAGGCAGAAGAGAAAUCUGGGAUGCUCUUAGAGCAGCUGCAGAGACCGAUGACCAUACUCUUGCUCAAGCUAUAGUUGAUGGCGCUAACAUAACUUUACCGACGGGGUGUCUACAAGAUGCCUACGAUGAGCUGGGAAAUCGCUACGUGCUACCAAUAUACUGUAUAAGCAAACCAACCAACCUUAUAAAAGAUGAGGAUGUGAGUGGAAAUCUAAAUGAUGAAGUUGAGGAUGAUAAGGAUGCUAAACCAAGUGGACAAGAAACGACAGUUAAACUAAGACUUUCUACAGGAAAAGACAUAAAGAUAGGAGCUUAUACCUCAGAUACUAUACUAAAAGUAAAGAAAAAGCUUCUAAGUGCGGAAGGAGUUGAACCUUCAAAGCAAAGAUGGUUUUAUGCUGGUCGAAUGCUCACUGAUAAAAUGACAAUUGAAGAUGCAAAAAUACAAAAAGGAUUUGUUAUUCAAGUAAUUCUCCCUCAACCAACUCCUGUAGCUAACUAGUAGACUUCAAAAUGCUUAAACAAUAGUUAACAAGUUUAUUGGCAAUACUCCAAAGACUCGACAUUAUACAGUGCAAAUGCCCAACAUGUAUUCAUGGUCAUAUUAUUACAAGAACCAAAGCUAGGAUUUUUUAAAGCCACAUGACAUUUUGUCUGAAAGGAUGGCUUUGAAUGCCAGAAUAUGAUUACUGGAAUCAUGUACCCUUAUAUAAACAUAUCAAGGUAUCCCAGCUUGGCAAUUUAAUUAAUCUUUUGCUUAAGCUAUUUUCAUUCACUGUGUAUGUAUGAAGUACUCUAUAAUGAUGGGCUGAUUUGAAUUACGUGUAAAGUACAGCUAGAAAGACUUCAUAACAAGUCACCAGAAUAUAUACAUUUAGUCUAAACCUACUAAUGGUCUAACACAAAUCCAGCACUCUGAUUGGCUGAGCCACUAGUAGUCUACUAGUAGACUACUAGUAGCAAAAAGUGCAAGUUUUGAAAACCAAAACAAUGGUGGUGAACUAUUGUUUUCACCUAAUUUCAAAAUUGUUUGUAUCCAUUUAAUUGACUGCUUAGUAGGUUAAGACUAAAACAAUUAGACCUCUCGAUCUCAUGGUGUACGAGUCAAUAGGCCAUUCUGCUUUUGACCUCAUGAGCUAUUGACUUGUAGAUCAUUUGUUCAUUGGGUCUAAAUGUUAAGUAUUUUGAGAAAGAAAGUUAAGAAAUAAACCAACCGAUCUUGCCUUUGAAAUGAAAGUGUGAUUUUUCAUAAACUGCAGUAGAAUAAGAAAAUAGUUUGUCACUCUAUUAUUUGCUACAUUUUAUUUUGUAUUAUGCAUGAUAAAUCAUAUCGAUAAAUAAAAUUUCCCUGCA